AUGGUAGUCCAGGAGUUGUUUGUCGAUGGUGAACGUUUGACCGGUAGUGCGGCCAGAGAUAUGAAUUUAGCGGCUGUUUUAGCCGUAGCCAGUACAGUACGUAGUUCUUAUGGGCCACAUGGUUUAGAUAAGAUGUUAGUUAGUAAAAUGGGCGACUUAACUAUUACUAAUGAUGGAGCGACAAUCUUAGCAUCUAUGUCCGUUAGUGAAUCAGCUGCUCGGAUUCUGAUUGAUUUAGCCGGACAGCAAGAUAAUGAAGUAGGUGAUGGUACGACUAGUGUUGUCCUUUUAGCAGCUGCUUUAAUUGAACGUGGUUUAGAACUAGUUAGUACUGGAGUGCAUCCUACCGUUGUGGCUAGUGGUUACAAGACGGCUUUUAAGCAAGCAGCUGGGUUUAUCAGUAGUACCUUAGAGAAGAAGUUGAAAAGUAUUGGUCAGACUGAUUUACAGAAGAUCUGUGAGAGUACGAUGGCCAGUAAAAUUCUCAAGUUGAGUAAUCGGGUCUUUAGUAAGAUAAUGAUAGAAGCUAUUCAGACGGUUAAGAGAGUAGGUGCUGAUAAGAAAGUAGAGUAUGCUAUUGAUGAGAUUAAUGUUUUGAAAAAGCAAGGUCGGAGUAUGGAUGAGUCCGUUUUUGUAGCUGGAUACGUUCUGAACUGUGUGCCUAGUUCGCGGCAGAUGGUACGUAAAGUAGUUAGACCGAAGAUUGUCUGUUUGGACAUGGAUUUACAGCAGAUGAAAAUGGGACUUUCAGUUAGUAUAGCGACUGAAAAUCCGGCUGAACUAGAGCAGAUUAGGGAGAAGGAAGCGCAUACUUCAACUGAGAAGGUUAAAAGACUAGUUAAGGCCGGGGCUAAUGUCAUACUGACUACUAAGGGUAUAAGUGCGGCUUGUACGAAAGUCUUAUUGGAUGCCGGGGCUUUGGGAGUGAAAAGGUGUUUGCGCUCGGACUUGGAAAGAAUAGCAGCUAUUACUGGGACACAAGUUUAUCGGUCUUUUGAUGAGGUAGAUGGAAGUGAGUUUAUUCCGAUUUUAGGAACGGCUGAUUCAGUGAGUAUUGUUAAUUUUGGUGAGGAUGAGUGUACGGUAGUGAAUGCUAGCCGGGGUACGGGUUCUUCUAUUGUACUACGCGGUCCGAAUGAGCAAGUCUUAGAUGAAAUGGAGCGAAGUGUGCAUGAUGGUUUAUGUGCUCUGAAACGCACACUAGAAAGUAAAUCGGUUGUAGUGGGUGGUGGAGCUUUUGAAGCGGCUUUGAGUGUUUACUUGGCUAACUUAGCCCUUUCUUUCCGGACGAAUGAGCAAAUUGCUAUUCAGGCCUUUGGUGAGGCUCUACUGCAAAUUCCACGGACUUUACUAGUGAAUGCUGCUUUGGAUGCCAAUGAGUUACUGGCUAAGUUAGUGGCUGAGCAUGAGAAAGGUCAUUGGGAGACAGGUCUUGAUUUGGACAAGGGCGAGAUUAGGAACAACUUUAAAGAAGGAGUUAUUGAGCCGUUGGAUACUAAGACUAAAGCCCUAAGAGCUGCCACGGAAGCGGCUAUAAGUAUUCUGCGUAUUGAUGAGGUUAUUGUGCUGGCCGAUGAUACGCAGCCAGAUCGUGAGCAAUAA